AUGGAUCCUACUGAAGAACAGCAGCCGCCAGCGGCCCCGGCCCCGGCCCCGGCCCCGCCACCAGCCCCGGCGUCGACACUGCCUGAUGCGCCCGACCGAGAAACCAUGGAGGCAAUCCGUCGCCGAAGACUCGAGAAGCUCGGCGGUGGGCCCGGCAGCGCGGCUGGCUCGGGAGCAAACAGCCCAUCGACCACAUCACCAACCGGUGGCUCACCAACCAGUGGGACACCCGUGCCUGAGAAGGCAGCCCCCAUCGUUCCCAUCGCGAACCGAUCACAAAUCAACAUCAGCCCUUCGCCGUCCUCCGCAACCGCCCCAAAAGACAAGGCCGUCAACAGCAUACUCGGGGAAGAGCUGGGAUCUAAAAGACGGGCCUCGGAGCUGGAGGGUUCACCAUCAGGAGCCCCAGCUCCACCACGGAAACAGACACCAGCUCAGGAAUCCUUCGAAGACUAUGCCGACCGAAUCCUGGGGUCCAUCUUCCGCAUGACGGUGGAUGCUGCACGCACAAAAGAUGCCCACGGCCACAAGUUGACAUUCUUGCCCAACCUGAGCCAGGACCUCACAGACGAGGUGGCCCCUCUGAAGCUGUCCCAGGACCGGCUGGAGGAGGCCAUCAUGGAGGCGGCCACAGAGUACCCAAAGGACAAGCCACUCUUUGAGUACCUGCUGGCUUGCUGGAAGCGGGUAGUCCGGACGCUUAAGGCGCUGAGGAACCCAACCCCCCAGAAGGAGGCCUUGUUGAAGGAGGCGAGACGAUUGUGCUUUAGCAACUGCAUCUUUUCGUUGACGAUGCCGGAACUGUUCAGUCGGGAAUCGAGCCCCGUGCACGACACACUCGUUCCGUAUCUCUUGAAGGAGGUUGAGAACGAGAGUGGGCUGUGUAUGGACUUCAUCGGGGAGGCCGUGUCUCGAUUCGAUGAGGAUGAUACCAUUGCGCCGCUGUUCACUAAGGCCAUUGUUGAUAUCAGCAGCAAGCUCUCUACGAUGACCAUGAAUGAUGAUUACAAGCCUUAUGUUAAUGCCCUGAAAACAUAUGCCAGAUAUGCGCCACUUCUGAAUGAACUGGCAGCUCACCCGUGCUUCCAGAUGGCGCAAUCGGCACCGGGCAUCGAGAAGAACACCCUUCUGGGCCCCUUCUUCAGGAUAUCGCCCCUGCAGCCAGAGGUUGCUGCUGUGUACUUUGCUGGGCCUCGCACCAUGGACCCCAGACAUAUCGCGACGUCUCAGAGCGCCCUGCAAAUGACCCUCAACACACACCAAGCCGACCUCAGAGAUAUCAUUAAUGCCUUUAUUCGCGCCAGCAACCAGACACGGAACAAGGUCCUGGAUUGGUUCGCCUACAUCAUGAACGUCAACCACAAACGACGAGCCAUGCAGCAUGAUCCCAGGGAAGUGUCCUCGGACGGCUUCAUGAUCAAUGUCACCGUCAUUCUGGACUACCUCUGCGAGCCAUUCAUGGACAGCACAUUCUCCAAAGUCAGCCGCAUCGAUAUCAACUACUUUCGGAGAAAUCCAAGGAUUGACAUCAAGGACGAGACCAAGCUCAAUGCCGACCAGGCCCAGUCGGACAAGUUUUACUCGACCAAGCUGGAGGGCGACAACAACUUCAUCACCGAGGUGUUCUUUUUGACACUCGCGGCUCACCACUACGGAAGCGAGGCAACCAAUGCCAAGCUCAAGACGCUGGACAGGGAGAUUAAGCACUUCGAAAAGAACAUUGCCCUGAUAGAGGCCGAGCGGCCCAAGGUGAUCAACCGGCCUUCUGAGCUUCGGCGGUUGGAUGAUGCUCUGAAACGGUAUACGGCCAUAUUGGAAGCCUCCAUGUCUCUUAGAAUGUGCAUCUCUGGCGUAUCGCUGGAGCAAAAGAUGCAGGCCCGUUCGCUGCUGUUUAUGCGCUAUGUCACGGUCUGGCUUUUGCGCGUUGCCAGCGGGACGGAGUACACGCCGGAGAAGCAGCUCACGCUCCCGCUGCCAGCCCAACAGCCCGAGGCAUUCCAGUGCCUUCCCGAGUACGCGUUGCAGGAUGUUGUGGACAACUUCAAGUUUGUCUUCCGAGAGGUGCCGCAGGUUAUUGUCAAUGCGGUCGGGGACGAGCUGAUUGCGCUCUGCAUCACCUUUUUGGAGUCGUCCGAGUACGUCAAGAACCCGUACUUGAAGUCGUCGUUGAUCACGCUCUUGUACCAGGGGACAUGGCCUAGGUAUCAUCUCAGCAAGGGGUUCUUGGGCGAGCUGAUGACGAGCACCAAGUUUGCGAACCAGUACCUGCUCCAUGCGGUUAUGAAGUUUUACAUUGAGUGCGAGCUUACCGAGAAUGGGUUCUACGACAAGUUCAACAUUCGGUACGAGAUCUUUCAGAUCAUCAAGUGUGUGUGGGUCAACGACCAUUACAGGCAGCAGCUGGUGCAGUCUAGCAAGUCUAACCGGUCGUUCUUCGUACGCUUUGUCAACCUUUUGAUGAACGACGCUACGUAUGUUCUUGAUGAGGGCUUGGGGAAGUUCCCCAAAAUCCACCAGUUUCAGCUCGAUUUGAAGAAUCCAAACCUGUCGCAGCAGGACCGGGAGAGGUUGGAGGAAGAGCUGCGUGAGGCCGAGAACAGGGCCACGUCGUUCAUGCAGCUUGCCAAUGAGACGGUCGGCAUGAUGAGGCUGUUUACCAAGACUCUGAGCGAAGCGUUCACGAUGCCAGAGAUUGUCCAGCGUCUGGCGGGCAUGCUGGACUACAACCUCGACAUGUUGACGGGUCCCAAGUCCAAGAACUUGCGCGUCGACAAUCCCGAGAAGUACCACUUUUCGCCCAAAACCCUGCUGCCCGAAAUUGCGGACAUUUACCUCAACCUCGGCUCCUCCCCCGCCUUUGUCGAGGCGGUCGCGGGAGAUGGCCGCUCCUACCGCGACUCGACAAUGAGGCAGACUGCCCAGAUCCUUAGGGGGAAGCACCUGAAAGAUGAGCACGAGGUCCAGGCGUGGGAGAGGCUGUGUGAGAAGUUCAGAAAGGCCAAGGAGAUAUUGGAGCAGGCCGAGAUUGACUUUGACGACGCGCCGGCCGAGUUUGAGGACCCGAUCAUGGGGAGUCUGAUGGAUGAUCCGGUUUGGUUGCCGUCGAGGCACGUGGUGGACCGGAGCACGAUCGUGCAGCAUUUGUUGAGCGAUCCGAAGGAUCCGUACACGAGGCAGCCGAUGAGUAUCGAGGAUGUGGUGCCGCAUACAGAGCUGAAGGAGAGGAUUGAGGCCUGGAAGGAGGAGAGGAGGGCCGAGGCGAGGAGGGUGAAGGAGGAGAAAUUGGUGGGGGUUACGGAGGGGGAGGGGGAGGGGGAAAAGAUGGAUACUACCGAGUAG